UUUCUUAAAAGGGGCGCGAGUGGAAGUAAACAGGUCCUGUUUAAAAACUGUUGUUACAAAAACUAAGCAAUCGCUUUUAUUGGAUUUUUUCGCAUGUGUGCAUCACGGUCUGGUUUUUUAACUAUGCGUAGGAUUAAGAAAGAAGCUGUCGAACUUGUGGAAGACGUGAAACCGAAGCGGAAGAGGCAGAGGACGCGUGGUAAAAUCGAAGAGCUCUCAGAAGUUGUGUCACCCUCAGCUUAUCAUACCUUCCAUGAUCCUGCCGAGAUUUGUCUCCUGCGAACUCACCUUCUCAGCUGGUACGACUUGGAAAAGAGAGAGCUGCCAUGGAGGACUCUGGCACUAACAGAGCCCGAUGUCAACAUAAGAACAUAUGCAGUUUGGGUGUCAGAGAUCAUGCUGCAACAGACGCAGGUUGCCACGGUGAUAGAUUAUUACAAAAAAUGGAUCAAGCGCUGGCCAACGGUUGCAGAUCUCGCAGCGGCUACACUAGAGGAGGUAAAUCAAAUGUGGGCGGGCCUUGGCUACUAUUCACGAGGGAAGCGUCUGCAUGAAGGGGCUCAAAAGGUGGUGUCAGAGCUCGAUGGACGGAUGCCCGACACGGUGGAUGAGCUGCUGAAGCAACUACCGGGAGUGGGCCGCUACACUGCCGCGGCCAUCGGUUCCAUCUCGCUGGGCCAAGUUACCGGAGCCGUUGACGGCAACGUCAUUCGUGUCUUGUGUCGCAUGAGAGCCAUCGGGGCUGACUGCACGAGUCCUGCAGUCACUGAGGCACUUUGGGUUUUGGCCAACACGCUGGUGGACCCUGAGCGAGCGGGGGACUUCAACCAGGCUAUGAUGGAGCUGGGGGCCCGAGUUUGUACUCCAAAAGGACCCCUGUGCAAGCAGUGUCCUGUACGCUCCCAUUGCCAUUCUUAUCGCAAGGUUCAUGCCAAACAAGAGCAAAAUGCUAAAAGGCUGUUGGGGAAAAAGGACACGAAGCCUCCCGCACUUCCAGACAUUGAAGACUGUAGUAGGUCAUCAUCUGGUGCCGGUGUAAUAUGCCCACUGUGUCCGACCGAACCUUGGAAUGAAGAAUUGGGUGUUCAGAACUUCCCAAGAAAGCCCGCCAAGAAGCCCCCCAGAGUGGAGCGAACUUGGACAUGUGUACUGACUCGACAUGGGGAAGAUGGUGAGGAAGAGUUCCUCCUCAUGCAAAGACCAAAACAAGGUUUGCUUGCAGGAUUGUGGGAGUUUCCUGGUUUUGUGUUGGAAAAGGAGGACAAAUGUGAAAAGAAACACAAGGUGGCGCUGUGCGACCGAUUUAACAAGCUCAUGGGAGUGCUGCUGAUUGACACCUCCCUUCAGUAUGUGGGAGAAGUGCGUCACCUAUUUUCCCACAUCCACCAAACGUAUGAAGUUCACACUUUGCGUAUGCAAGACACCGACAUGCCGCCACAGAGGGAAAACGUGCGGUGGGUCAACAGAUCGGCACUGGAGGAGGCCGCUGUAUCUACAGGAGUCAAAAAGAUUUUGAAGCUUUGUGACUCUGCUGGCCUUCAGAAAGAGACGACUUCUCCAGACGCAAAGAGGUUAAAGAACGACAGUGUGAUAAGACCACGCAGGACAAAUAAAGCCAAAAUGAAGGCGUCGAGUGGAAGCAACAAGCAACUUUCACUCACGUCAUUCUUCAGGACCACCAAGCAGGAACCUUGAUCGCCAUUUUAAAUGCACUACAGCUACGAUCUUUUAAAUCUUUUAAAGUAAUGACAGGUAGUGAUGCAAAUUUAGAAUUCGGGGUCAUUUCACUCAUAAAUGUAGACUUUUGUUUAAACAGAAUUGUUCUCUUUGCCACCCAAUCCCAUUAAAGACUGGUUGGAAAUGGGGCAAAUGAGCAAAUUUGGACCCCUUUUAAGCAAUUGUUGAUGUAUUGGAAGAGAACCAAUUAUGGUAAUCCUGUACCAGAAGUGGAGAAGCAUGUUAACAAGUAGCCAUUUCAUAAACCUUUUUAUAACAGGUUAAAAAAAAUAUAUUCCUGUCCUAAAUUUAAUUUUAUGACAUGUAUGUUUUAUCACUUGCAAGAAAUAAAAUGUCAAUGAGAGGAGCACUCUGGGCAUGAAGUCUUCCGCUAAACAGCCAAAUUCAAAGCGUCGCCAUAUUUCUGACUUCUUUGAGCUAUGACCCUUUCUCUUCUUAUAUCACCUAGCCUGCAAAUUUGAGUUGAAUAGACUGAUCCGUUAUCACAUCGCAAAUUUCAUUUUAUGACAUCUGUAACCUUUGACCCAAUUAGACCCAAAUUAAAACCUUUGGUUAACCAGUGUUUUUCCACCGGUGUGCCGCAACAUGUUAGUAUGUCGUGAGCAGGGGUGAAAGUGGGCGGGAACGGUCAGGAACGCAGUUCCGGUAUAAGAUUCAGGGCCGGAACGCUGUUCCAGUAUGCGGUGCUUUGAUUCCAAAAAUAUGACGGCAUCUGUCAAAACGCUAUGUAAAAAAAAAAUAAUAAUACAAAGCUGCUACAAAUGCAUUUAAUCUCAAAGAAGAAAACAAUCUACCAACAUCAGAUUUACAUGCACAAGUGUUAACAACAAGCAUAAUAAAGUGCUUGUGUAGCGUAAUCCGUUUCCACCGAUAUUUACUAUUUUUUUCCACGGACGGCAUGGAGGUUUCACCAGCUGCUGCAGUUAUCUGAGUCUGACGAUGACUAGUCACGUCAAUGUGCGAAUGCACGCAACAAAGUUAAAUGCCUGGACUCAUUUAUUUGUUCAAUUGGCUGACAUACUGACAUGUGAUCACCAGAGAUAGUUAGCUCUGAUUGGUUCAAAAGUGCAUGUUUUCUGAAACCGCCAAAAAAAAAAAACAAAAAAAAAAGGGCAAUGCAACAGAAAAUUGAUCAAAUCUUUAAGAGCAAGGAAAGAGUUAAGGUGGCUUAUGUAUCAUAUUUAGUUUUAUUUGCUCUGAUGGGGAGGUUCAGAACAUCUUAGCUGGCAAUGUGCACUUUGGACUUAUAUUUGUUCAUUUAUGUUAGGCUACUUAUUCAUUUCCUUAUGAUUUAAAAAAGUCAAUGUUUGCGCGAUCUUCAAAAUAUAUUCCAUUUCACUCUGCAUAAUAUGUCAUUUGUACUUAUAAGUAACAUACAUUCAGAAAAAUAUCUUUUUCAUAAAAAAAAAAAUAAAAAAAAACAACAACAAAAAAUGUUUACACUAUCUUCAAUUUUAAUAUACAUCCUGUGUUCUUAAGUAGUUAAAAUUGAGAUUUGGCAUUUAGUAUGUGAGGCAAUAACGAAAAAUAAAAAAUUAGGAGAUGGAGGUUGGGGUUAUUGCUGUUUAUGUUACCUUUUAUUUUGCAAAUCAUUGAAAAAAUUUUGAAUGAAAAUCAGUUUUUGUAUAUGUUAUAGAAAUAAAUAACCAAAACAGUUUUCUUUGCAUUUCAGUAGUUUUGACCCCCCCCCCCCCAUAAAAAAAUAAAAUUUCUGGCUCCGUGGCGACCUUCACACCAGGGAGUUCCGGCAAGAAAUUCUAACCAUUUUCACCCCUGGUCGUGAGAGAUACAGUGUACAUAAACCAGUACUCAGCCAUGCGAGUUGUAGAACCCAGUGUUUGUGUGAAUCCCUUGUGAGUGUGGAUAUGUUGGCAUCCUAUUCUAUGCUGCCUGAUCGCUAAUCCUGAAACACUUUCUCUACUUGAGUGUGUCUAAUUGCACCUACUCAUGCUGGGAUUCCAUCAGACAUGUGACAGUCCAGACAAGUGGAAAUGCUACGCGGGAGCCGCCCCAGGGCCACAGCCCUUCCCCAGCCAAUCGGGGUUUGGUGGCGAGCCAGCGCAGCCCAUCCCUCCUCUCGCAGCGCCAGCAAAGGGGCUGCCGUCAAUCCCUCCCAACCCCCCCUCCCUGAGAUCCAGAGUGGUCCCCUGGACCACCUGCCCCCCCCCCCCUUAAA